AUGCUUGGAACGAAUUUUAUUUUGAACAUUUUUAAAAAUAAAUUUAAUAAUUUAUCAACAAGGUUUAUAAAAUAUGUGAUUAAAAGUUAUAAAAGAACAUGUCCACAUAUAAGUGAUUUCGAGCCAUUUUCAUCCAUGUAUUAUUAUACUGGAUUACAUAAUUAUAGGACAUUUUAUUUGCUCAUAAAAAUAAAUGAAAUAUUUAACAUAAACAAAUACAAAAAAAUAUACAUUAUAGUUAAUACUGAUAAAUAUGACUUUACUACUGAUGAUAUAGAGACGAAUAAAAAAAAUAGGAUAUACCUUGACCAGCGGGUUGACAUAAAAAUACGACAAUGCGAUGAAACAAUAAGAAUUAAUUUAUUUACAACAAAAUUAACAAAAAAAGUUCAUAUAGGAGAAAUCAAAAUAGAUAUCAAUGCUAGCAUCAUAUCAAAAUGUUUUCCAAAAAAUGAAUGGUUUGUGUGUAUGAAGGAUGGGCAAGAAGUGUGCAAGGUCCAAUUAUCAUUUUAUAAAACGCAAAAAUAUGCGUGCCCUAGUGAAUGCAUGUUCAUACAUGAUGGUCUCGAAAUUUGGAAGGAUAAAUCAAAAAGUGGAAGCACCAAAAAAAUAGACAUAAAUAAUAUACAUAAAAAUUUUGAUGACAAUGAUGAGCACUUAGCCACCAUAGACAUUGACACG